AUGAGUUUAUUUUUUGCAAUUAACAAAUGGUUGAUUUACACACCGUUGAGUAGGGAUUUUGUUGAAUUAGAAACUUGUCCGACUUGUUUUGGUAUAAGUCUAUGUGAUCUAUUUAAAACAAAGGAUGUCCAAUUAUCAGGUUGGGAGCGUUUUUCAUUUUUUAAUAAUGAUCAGUUUAAUAUAAAAAAUAUUUAUCAUGGAUCAUUGAAAAAUCAACCAGUUAUUUUUAAAAAGAUGGCUCAUCAUAGUGAAUGGACUUCAUUUGAUAUUUGUCGUCAGAAUAAAUCAUGUUAUAUUCAUGUAAAAACAAGUUUAACAACACUUUUGCCUUGUUCUGAUCACUUGUUUGUGUCUAAAUUUCGGCAAGCAUUUAUUAAUUCAACUGGUUUCGAUGGUCUUGUAAGUGAAAUAUCAUUAGAUACAACUAUAGAAAUUAAUCUUGAACCCAUUGUACUAUCAGCUUUGUCGAACUCUGAUCUUCCUAUUCCAUUUUAUUAUGGUGCAUGUGGCCGAGUGGGUGUUUUCAGUAAUGAAGGAUCUAAUUUAGUAUCGUAUCUUCAAUAUUCAUUUCGAUUUCGCGUAGGUUUCACUUUCCUAUGGUAG